AUGAACAAUAUUGAAAUAUUAUAGAAACUUUUAAUUGAAGAAAUCAUAAAAAAAGAAUAUAAUCAAGAAGAAUUUGAGUAAUAUGUAUAAGACUAAGCACCUGACAAAGGUAAAUCUUAUUUAAUCAUAAUAGAGGAUUUAUCAUAAUGGAAUUAUGAGGAUUUAAAAAAAUGUAUUGAUCAAUUUCAAUCAUUAAAGAAAAAUUAAAAAUCAGCUUUUACUUAAGAUAAAGAAAUUUUUGGUUUCCAAAAUAUCGACGAAAAAUUAUAUUCUGUAAUUGUAUCAAAUUAGCAUAAAAUUUAUAUUGUAUUAAUCCAAAAAUAGUUAGGAUAAUAUCUCUUUAGAUCCAUAUGAAAAAAUUAUUAAAUGUUAAUAAGAAAAGUUUCUGAUUGAAAAUGAUGUUGAAUUACAAUUUUAAAUUUCUCAGUAAACAAAAAUGAUAAUUUAGUCCUUAGGAAGUAAGAGAUUAAGGCUUAUGGUCUUUUAUCACUUUUAAAAAUAUUGUUGUCUUUUAAAUUUAAACAUUUCCUAUGUAAUGGAAGGUUUCAAGAACAUUAUAGGAAUUUGCAGAACUGAGGAAUAUUAUAUGUUAAUACUUUCCUGAAAAAAUUGUAAGUAAAUUAUUUAUAAAUUAGGUUCCAAGAUUUCCUUAUGGAGGAUUAACAAAAUUAGAAGAGAUGAUACCAAAGAUGGAAGAAAUUAUUCUAUCAAUAAAAGUAAUUUAUUUUUUAAAUUAGAAUUUACUAUUAAUUUAUAAUAAAAUACCAAUAAUCAGAACAAUAUAGCCAUGUUUAUGGUUUAUUAAUGAAGUCAAUGAAUAAUUGCUUUAGAAAAGGUUAAAAGAUGAAUUGUAGAAAGAAAAAAGAUAUAAUUUAUAAUAAAAAUAAACUAAAACUGGAGAAAUUAAGGUCUCUCUAACUUUUGAUGGUUACUAAAAAUUUUUAGAUCAAUCUUCCUAUCCAAAAAAUGCUAUAAAUAUCCUCAAUUAAGUAAUUUUAAAUAUGAAUGAAUUCUUUGCUUCUCAGAAAAAAUCUUAAGAAUUCUUAGGAAAUGCUGCUUAAUAUCUAUUUGAGCUAACUAAUACUUUACCAAAAUACCCUGAAUAAAGUGGCCUUAUUGAGUACAUCAAUCUUGUAAAUGAUCAUUUUAAUUAAAUAAUUUAUGAAAUAGACGAUACUUGUGCAUUACUUGAUAAUCAUCUAAAGUUGACUUUUGCCAAAAUACUAGGAAGUCAUAAAUCAUAUAUAAGAUUAUGCCAAAAUGUCUAUGAAAUCAAAAAUAAGUUUGUGUAAGAUUACAAUAUUUUAAAUAAAAAAAAGGAAGAAUUUAUAAAAAAUAAUGAUAUUAAAGCAGUUGUUUAAAAAGUUAUUUAAUAAAAUAAGUUUGAUCAAUCUGAAUUCGAUAAAUUAUCAACAGAAUCUGACUAUUUAAAAAGUUUUCUUUAUGUUUAAGAAACUUAAUAGAUUUAGUAACUUUAAGAUUCAUUAGUUUAUAUGAUAUAAUAAUUUUCUACAGCUGUGGAUGAAUAAUUUAAGACUGAUUUGCUUAAAGUUGUUGCAAAUUUUGGUGGAUUUCUAUAUGCUAAGCAAAAACUUUGCCAAAAAUAUGUAAAUUUAUUUAUAUAUCAAUUAGACUGAGUAAUGGAAGGAAUUGGUUAAUAAAUAUGAGAUAAUUAAAAGCAAAUAAAAUUGA